GCGGGGCGAGCGGAUGACAGAUGGUCCUCCAGGCGGGGCGGGGCGAGCGGAGCGGAGAGUCUACGCUCCACCCGCGGUCUCUGUCUCCGGGGCAACGGGCGGACGGGCUGAGCCGGUUUAGGAGCCGUUGCUGUGGACGGAGAGACAGGGACGCGAGCGGCCAUUGAAAGCGGCCAGGGUGCCGUGCCCCCCCCCCCACCCAUCUGCUCGGUGUGCGGCUGAGCUUCGAUGGAGGACCACAUGACGGGGCACAACCAGGAGAAGCUUUAUGAGUGCGACGUGUGUGGCAAGGCCUGGCGGAGCCCGAGUCUGCUGGAGAUCCACCAGCGGGUGCACACGGGCGAGAAGCCCUAUGGCUGCUCCACCUGCGGCAAGAGCUUUACCCGGUUGAAUGGGCUGCAGGAGCACCGGCGGGUGCACAGCAGUGAGCUGCCCUUCACCUGCUCUGACUGCGGAAAAGGCUUUAAGUCGUCGCCGGACCUGAAGGUGCACAGGCGCCUGCACCCUGGGGAGCGGCCCUAUACCUGCAGCGAAUGCGGCAAGGGCUUCACCCGCUUCAGAAAUCUGCUGGGGCAUCAACACACCCACACCGGCGAGCGUCCCUACACCUGCACCCAGUGCGGUAAGGGCUUCACCCAGUCCACCAGCCUGCUGUCCCACCAGCGCACCCACACCGGGGAACGGCCCUACACCUGCAGCGACUGCGGCAAGGACUUCAGCCGCUCCGACAGCCUGCUGUACCACCAGCGCACCCACACCGGCGAGCGCCCCUACACCUGCGCCCAGUGCGGCAAGGGCUUCAGUAACUCCAGUCACCUGCUGUCCCACCAGCGCACACACACCGGGGAACGGCCCUACACCUGCAGCGACUGCGGCAAGGGCUUCAGCCGCUCCGACAGCCUGCUGUACCACCAGCGCACCCACACCGGUGAGCGCCCCUACACCUGCGCCCAGUGUGGCAAGGGCUUCACUCGCUCCUCCAAGCUGCUGUCCCACCAGCGGGUGCACGCAGGCGACCGUCCCGUCCGCAGCCCUGUGUGUGGAGAGCGCUUUGCCAUGGCUUCCCGCACCCUGUCUCACCAGCGCGUGCACACCAGUGGCCAGCCCUACGACUGCCCGUACUGC